AUGAACGUCAGAUUUCCAAGUUAUUCCGACAACCAUGUCGACGUAAACCUGUUGAGGAGUGACCUUGGUGACACCGGCCAUGAAUGUAAGAAAUGUGGCAAAGAUUUCUGUACCUUCUCUUCAUUUUGGAUCCAUGUGGUAGAUGAACAUCAACCUACAGAAUGUGCUGAGACCUGCAGGAAUCCUUUCCCUUUAGUUUCCAAAGAAGAGUUUAGUUUUCUAGAAAAGCUUUAUGAAUGUACUGAAAUUGAUAAACCCUUUUCUUCUUCUGCCCCCCUUACUAGUACUUCAGACAGCACAGUAAAGAGAAGAACUGACAGUGUAGAGAAGCCUUAUAAUUGUAAGGUAUGUGGAAAAUCUUUGCGUUCUUUGUCAUGCCUAAGGAGACAUGCGAGAACACAUACAGAUGGGAAACCUUAUGAGUGUCACCAGUGUGGCAAAACCUUUCCUCGGCUUGCUCUUUUAACUCUCCAUGCCAAAAUGCACUCAGGAGAGAGACCUUUUCAAUGUACAGAAUGUGGGAAAACAUUUUCUCACUUAGGUAGCCUCACUUCACAUAGAGUAGUUCACACAGGGGAGAGACCUUAUGAAUGUCAGGACUGUGGGAAAACAUUUUCACGAUCAAAUAUCCUAGCUGGACAUAGAAGAAUUCACACAGGAGAGAGACCUUACGAAUGUCCGGAAUGUAGCAAAGCCUUUGCCCGAUCAAGUCACCUCAUGUUACAUAGAAGAAUUCACACGGGAGAGAGACCUUACGAAUGUCAGGAAUGUGGGAAAACAUUUACCGAGUCACGUCCGCUCAAGUUACAUAGAAGAAUUCACACAGGAGAGAGACCUUACGAAUGUCAGGAAUGUGGGAAAACAUUUACCCAGUUACGUAUCCUCACUGAACAUAGACGAGUUCACACAGGAGAGAGACCUUACGAAUGUCAGGAGUGUGGGAAAACAUUUACCCAGUCACAUAUCCUCACUCAACAUACAAGAGUUCACACAGGAGAGAGACCUUACAAAUGUCAGGAGUGUGAGAAAACAUUUACAUAUUCAAGUCACCUCAUACUGCAUAGAAGAAUUCACACAGGAGACAGACCUUACGAAUGUCAGGACUGUGGGAAAACAUUUUCUGGAUCACAUCAGCUCACUCUACAUAGAAGAAUUCACACAGGAGAGAGACCUUACAAAUGUAAUUACUGUGGGAAAACAUUUUCACAACCAGGUCACCUCACUAAACAUAUAAGAAUUCACACAGGAGAGAAAACUUACGAAUGUCAGGAAUGUGGGAAAACAUUUGCCCGAUCAGAUCAGCUCACUCUACAUAGAAGAAUUCACACAGGAGAGAGACCUUACGAAUGUCAGCACUGUGGGAAAACAUUUACCAAUUCGAGUACCCUCACGGUGCAUAGAAGAGUCCACACAGGAGAGAGACCUUACCAAUGUCAGGAAUGUGGGAAGGCAUUUUCAAAUUCAAGUACUCUCGCUGUACAUAGAGGUGUCCACACAGUAGAGAGACCUUUUUUGAAUGUCAGAAAUGUGAGAAAGCAUUUUCUUGAUCAGUUAAGCUCAGUCGACAUAAGAUCGUUCACACAGGAGAGAAGCCUUAUGAAUGUCAGCAGUGUGGUAGAACAUUUUCAUGAUGAAAUAGCCUCCCAGAGAACUGUUCACACAGGAGAGAGACCUUAA